UUUUAUAAUGAUCUUAGCUCAUAGAUUGCAAUUGGCAGCUUUGUAACUUUGGAGACUUUCCAGAGCUUGCAAGCAAAGAAGCUUGUCAAAGAUGUAAAGAUCAAGAAAUGUGUUUCAAGGCUAAGGUUGGAGCAACCUGCAGAACUUGGAAUGAGACUCGUUGCCCAAAUGGUGAAGUUAAAAUAGACUACUCCGACCCAACACGCAUAGAAAACACUCAAAUCAAAGGCAACGUCACGAUCAUAAGUCCAGAGAAAGUAACCAUGUACAGAUGUGCAGCAAAUGACCUAGAUGACAAUAUCGUUACAGUGUUUGUUUUUAACGCUAACUUGACUCUCAAGCCUGGUAAUGUUAUUUCAAGUAAUCAAGCAGGAGGGGUGUUCCAUAAAGUUUCUGAUGUCAAAGAAUUUGAACCAUAUACAUUCGUCACUGCUGAUCCUGCAAGUAUCGAAGAUUUUAUACAAUAUGCUGAUUUUCAAAUUGACGCCACUCUUGCGUCCCUUCAGGAUGAAGUAACAGUGGAGGCAGAGCCUGAUAUGGAAAUGCUAAACAUUUUAAUGUACAGGAAUGUAUCGUUAAAUGAAACUCUUUUUAUAGUCCCGUCAGAUACCUUUGUCUACAAGUGUGUUGGUCAUAUGUACGAGGCAGAUCAAAAAAAAGUUGCAUCCUAUUAUUUGGUUCUUAAUGCUUCUAAUACGCCGUUCAUGAUCGAGGCUGGGGAUGUUAUAGUUUCCAACCAAAGCCAUGGAUUUCUGUCGACUAUAACAAGCAUCAACAAAACGUCAGAAUUCAGUUUUGUUGAGACGUUUUUAAUGAGAUGUGAUAAAAAUACUGAAAUGAAUGUCAAGUUUCACGACGAACUGACAAAUGGGGACAUCAUGGGCUGCCCUGGAGGAGAUAACAACCCUAAUCUUCUGAUCAAAGAAACAAACAAUGAAAUAUUCAACAUGUCGGUCAAUGAUGUCAUCGUCGAUAGAUCCAGCCAAGCCUUCGCUGGAAAGGUAAAAUCCUUCCACUACAGCAAUGGAUAUUUAAUGGUUGAAGUAUUUCCAAUUACUACAGUCUUCAAUGGAACAGCAAUUACCGAAAUAGAGAUAACAAAAACAAUAAGUCAUGUCAGACGUAAGAGGUUUGUUAUUCCCAUCUUUUCAAAACGUUUUCAAAUGUUAGAGAAAAAAUGGAAUUUUGACUUUCCGGUGCCUGGCAAAAACACUAUUGGAUUCUUUCUGCACUUAAGUUUUGGAUUUACGGUUGGAAUGCAAUUGGAAGUAUCGAGUAUAAGGCUUAACAAGCUGAAGCGACCAAGUGUACGACUUGCUCUUUUUUUGACAACAGAUGCAGCAGCUAAAAUCGGUGUCUCAUUAAAAACUAAUCUUGAACUUUCGUUUUCUGAGGAAAAAAGUAUAGUACCGUCGAAAUCACUUGCAAGAUUCGUUUUAUGCAUAUUCAUUUUUUGUAUUCCAACUGGAAUCUUUUUCAAUCUCGAUGCAACUGCAAACAUUAAUGCAGAGUUCACUACGCAGCUUGCAGUCUCGUAUAGCUUAAGAAUAAGCAAUGUAGGAAUAAAGGGAGAGUGUUCAACGUCAGGUUGGUGUAAGACAUCACUAACAAAGCCAAAAACAACAAACAAAUGGAACUUCAAUUUUGACAUGGACGCCAAGCUGUCUGGACGUUUUACUUUAACUCCUCGUCUGUCGUUGCAAAUCCCUUCUCUACCAAAACUCCCAAGCCAAGCUAAAAAAUUAAAGUGGGUUACUAAAGUAGUAACGAAAAUCAAGAAGAAAGGAG